AUGAACGUCUCCGCCGGCCAAAGCUCCUCGAAUACCUUCCCCACCCCCACCGCCACCGGGCUCACCGAUCACCUUACCCCUCCCUUCGGCUCGGAUAUCUCACCUUUCUACUCUGAGGUGGACGAGUUCACACGAUGCUUUGAGUCGGACGCGGACGCAGUCUGGGACGCGGAAUCCGAUACCGACUCGGAGUCGACCAUCGGCCCUGAGAGCCCCACGCGCACGGCUGAGCCCCUCCCCGCUGUCGAGGUGUAUGAGGCGGACCAGGAACAAGAGGACGUCUACCCUUUCCGCACUCAGAGAAUACUCGAGUGGCUGUCUCCCGCCAAGACCGAUAAGGAACUCCCCCCUGGGCCCCUACUUCCCACAGCCGCGCCCGCCGUGGUCCACGCCGACAACCGACUAGCCCCGCUCGGUAUCCCCCGCAUCGUCAUCACUCCCCCAGAUAGCCCUCAUGCAGAGGAGCACCUCCCACCCCCCACGUAUCACGCCGACGCCUCUCGGCUCACCGUCAAUACCUACCGGCUGCCAAUCAAGGCGGAGUACAACCCGGCGGAUACCAAGAUUGGGCUUCAGCUGUCGGUGCUUUCGAAGCUGCUCCAGCCGAAUGAGCGCCAGCACCGUGCGCCCAUCAAGGACAUCAAGAGCUUCAUCAGGGGAAGGACUGAAGCUCGAGUUGCAGCGAAGGGGGCGGAGACGAAGGCGUCCGAGGCAGGAGCAUAA